AUGGAGCUGAUGGUGCUGCUCAACGCCCUGGUCACCCGCCUGCUCUUCGUGCUGCACUCGCUCAUCGGGGUCUGGAGAGUGACCGCCGUGAAGAAGGAGCCCAAGUACUGGCUGCUGGCGCUGCUCAAUCUUCUCCUGUGCCUGGAGACAGGGCUCACCCUCAAGUUUAAGCAAGGCAGAGGCUACAAAUGGUUUUCACCAGCAAUAUUUUUAUAUCUGAUUUGCAUAGUACCAUCACUAUGGCUACUAGAAAUUCAUCAUGGGACUCAGUACUGUGGCAAUGAGCCUGGGGCUGUUCAGGUCAAUGUCAGCAAUCAAGACUUCAAUCAAUCCAGAGAGAGCAGUCAUGGAAGUGAGGGAACAGAUCACCACAUCAUUCAGACGGCUAAAGUCUUUGUCAAUCAGCUCUCCACAAUCUGUGAGACUGUAUGGACACUGGCUCUCCACCAGACUUUUCUACUGCUACUAGUAGUUGGGAGAUGGCUUCUCCCCAUUGGAGUUGAAAUCACCCGGGAUCAGUUGUCUCAGCUGCUUCUCAUGUUUGUGGGAACAGCAGCAGAUAUACUUGAAUUUGCUAGUGAGACCUUGGACAUUGAGGAUGUUCGGAAGAAUUACGCUCUCAUAAAUGCAAUUCUUGCUGUAUGGACCUGGAGUAUGUUACAGUUUCCACUUGAUCUUGCAGUACAGCAUAUUGGCUGCAAACCAAGCGCGUCGGCCAGGCGGAUCCCCAGCCUGCUGCUGUGCAGGUACAGUGCGGAACUGUGGAACAUCGGUGUCAGUCUUUUCAUACAGGAUGGCCCCUUCUUCAUUGUGCGUUCAAUUCUCAUGGGCCACUUCAGAAUAUUCAAUCAGAUGCUGGUGUUUUUUACAGCUAAGAAUAUCUUAGUUGUGACUCUGCAGUUGUACCGCCUGGCAGUGAUAACCUUAGACUUCCGUAGCACCGUUCUGCAGAAGAGCAGGAAAGGAGAAGUCUGUUGCUGCCCAUGCGAGCCUUAUGAAGCUCAUGCUCAUGCUACUGGUCGCCAAGAGAAUGAAAUGAAAGAGUUUGUUGCUGUUCCUCCAAAAGAGGAAUCCCAAGCUCCCUCAGAAGAUCACUGAGCAAUUACUGACUUGGAAGAGGUUGCAUUUCCCACAGCUUCUUCAGAAGGGCUUUGUCAGUUUCUGUGAUCAAAUACAUCUUGAGUGCCUAAGUCAUCUUUUCCAUCAAGAGAACAUUCAUUUCUUCUAAACUGUAGGGGAACUUUUCUCAAGCAAAUUGUUAGCAAUGGGACCUUUUUAAAAUCCAUUUGUAUGGUGGGUUUUGACUAGUUCCAUAUUAUAUUAUUCACAGGGAUUUUGUAGCCAUAGUUUGUAGUAUCAAAAAAGGUU